UUUUCAAGCUCCAGCACUAUUCCAUUGUAGUGUCUUAACUUUGUUCCUGUCAAAAGCUUUUCUGUUACGUUUUUGUUUUCUGAAGUUCUAAGACUUUGGGUACGGCAGUGCAGGUCCUACACUGCCCCUCUUCAGGAAAGGUGUUGGGGAGGUUUUCACUACCUCCCAGAUCCCUUUGUCUUGCCUCUUGUGUUCCUCCUGCUAUUGUAUUUCCAUUGCUCAUUUCCAGCAGUGCGUCACCACCUGUUCCUGAAGCCCAUCGUGGGGCACCAGCUCUCUCAGCCUCCCAUUUGGUCCUGAAGAGUGGGGUCGGUGGUCCUUGUGGUGGUGAAGUCUCCAUGGGAACUGUCUCUCCUCCCUGACUCACCUGCCUUUCUCCUCCUCUCUCCUCCUGCAGGUCCGAGCUGUACCGGGUGCAAUGAGCGCUCCGAGCCGGCCCUGCCAUGGAAGGCUGUGACUCGCCCGUCAUCCCUGGGAAGGACAAUGGGUGCGGCAUCCCUCAGCACCAGCAAUGGACUGAUCUCAACAGCGCCCACCUCCCUGACCCAGCCAGCAGCAUGGAGCAGCCCACGGCAGAGACCCGCGGCCCCCUGGACAGCCUGAGGAUCCCUUUCCCCGAGCGCGUUCCCGAGAGCAGCACGGCGGCCGGCCCCGGCGCCGAACCCGCCGGCAAGGAGGUGAGCUGUGGGCAGUGCGGCGCCUCCUUCGCCGGCCUGCAGAGCUACAUGGAGCACCGCUGUGCCGGCACCCGCCCGGCCCCGCCGCUGCGCGGGGACAGCGGGAGCGAGAGCAGUGAGGACGGGGAGGAGGAGAGUGACGUGGAGAACCUGGCUGGCGAGAUCGUGUACCAGCCCGACGGCUCGGCCUACAUCGUGGAGAGCCUCAGCCAGCUGAUGCAGAGCGGGGGCGCCUGCAGCAGCGGGGCUCUCUCCUCGCUGCUCCCGAACUCUCUGCCCAAGCAGGGAGAGCCCUCCGCCGCCGCUCCCGUCUACCCACAGAUCAUCAACACCUUCCACAUAGCCUCAUCCUUCGGGAAGUGGUUUGAGGGUUCAGACCAGGCCUUCCCGAAUACCUCAGCCCUGGCGGGCAUCAGCCCCGUCCUGCACAGCUUCCGCGUCUUUGAUGUGCGACACAAAAGCAACAAGGAUUACCUGAACAGUGACGGUUCUGCCAAAAGCUCUUGCGUAUCCAAAGAUGUUCCCAACAACGUGGACCUGUCCAAAUUCGAUGGCUUUGUGCUCUACGGGAAGAGGAAGCCCAUCCUGAUGUGUUUCUUGUGCAAGCUGUCCUUUGGGUAUGUCCGCUCGUUCGUGACCCACGCAGUGCACGACCACAGAAUGACUCUGAGUGAGGAGGAGCGGAAAAUUCUUAGCAAUAAGAACAUCUCCGCUAUCAUCCAAGGGAUAGGCAAAGACAAGGAACCCCUUGUCAGCUUUCUGGAACCAAAAAACAAAACCUUUCAGCACCCUCUCGUUUCUGCAGCUAACCUCAUAGGCCCUGGACACAGUUUUUAUGGUAAAUUCAGUGGCAUUUGCAUGGAGGGCGAGCAGGCCCUCCAGGCUGGGGCGGCCAGUGGAGCAGAGCCACCGCCAGCAGGCGUCCUGGCCCCUGGUGCGCUCCUCAACCUGGGUGGGCUGACCAGCUCGGCUCUGAAGACUCCCAUUACCUCAGUCCCCCUGGGCCCGCUGGCCUCCAGUCCCACCAAACCCUCAGAGGGGAAGGAUCUUGGGGUGGCAGAGGGGGAGAAGCAAGAGGGGGGCGAGCAGGACAGCCUCUCGGAAAAGGCAGAGCCAGUCGAGGAGGUGGAGGAGGAAGAAGAGGAUGUGGAGGAGGAGGAGGAGGAAGAGGAAGAGGAGGAAGAGGAAGAAGACGAGGAUGAUGAGGGUUGCAAAGGACUGUUUCCGAGUGAGUUGGAGGAUGAACUGGAGGACCGGCCCCAGGAGGAUGCUGGGGCUGUGGCAGGUGGCAGCAGCAGCAGCAAAAAGGACCUUGCUCUCUCAAACCAAAGCAUUUCUAACUCUCCCUUAAUGCCUAACGUGCUCCAGACCCUGUCGCGGGGCACAGCUUCUACUAGUUCUAAUUCUGCUUCUUCCUUUGUCUUUGAUGGUGCAAACAGGAGGAAUCACUUAAGCUUUAACAAUGAGGGCGGCGGAGCCAGCGUGGCAGAGGGCAGCAGGAGGCUGGACUUUAUCGAUGAAAGUGCCAAUAAAGACAAUGCCACAGCACCAGAACCAAAUGAGAGUGCGGAGGGCGAGGACGGGAGCUACAUCUCCCAUCACCAGCAUGCUGGCCCCCUCUGUGAACUUGGGAGUGGGGAGUGCCCCUCGGGGAGCGGCGUGGAGUGCCCAAAGUGCGACACGGUCCUGGGCUCCUCGCGGUCGCUGGGUGGCCACAUGACUAUGAUGCAUUCUCGCAACUCAUGUAAGACACUCAAGUGUCCCAAGUGCAAUUGGCACUACAAGUACCAGCAGACGCUUGAGGCGCACAUGAAGGAGAAACAUCCCGAGCCGGGUGGCUCCUGCGUGUACUGCAAAAGCGGGCAGCCACACCCGCGGCUGGCGCGGGGUGAGAGCUACACCUGUGGUUACAAGCCCUUCCGCUGCGAGGUCUGUAACUACUCCACUACUACCAAAGGCAACCUCAGUAUUCAUAUGCAGUCCGACAAGCAUCUCAACAACAUGCAGAACCUGCAGAACGGAGGGGGAGAGCAAGUCUUCAGCCACACUGCUGGGGCAGCGGCGGCAGCAGCAGCAGCCGCGGCGGCGGCAGCAGCCAACAUUGGUAGCACGUGUGGGGCCCCCUCUCCCACCAAACCAAAAACCAAACCGACGUGGCGGUGCGAGGUGUGCGACUAUGAGACCAACGUAGCUAGAAACCUCCGUAUUCACAUGACCAGUGAGAAGCACAUGCACAACAUGAUGCUGCUUCAGCAAAACAUGUCCCAAAUCCAACACAACCGGCAUCUGGGCCUCGGCAGCCUGCCGUCACCCGCCGAGGCUGAGCUCUACCAGUACUACCUAGCGCAGAACAUGAACCUUCCCAACUUGAAGAUGGACAGCACUUCCUCAGAUGCGCAGUUCAUGAUGGGUGGAUUCCAGCUCGAUCCCACCAAUCCCAUGGCAACAAUGGCUCCAUCUCUAGUGGGUGGAGAGAUCCCCCUGGACAUGCGGUUAGGUGGUGGACAGCUGGUGUCUGAGGAGCUAAUGAACUUGGGUGAGAGUUUCACGCAAACAAAUGACCCAUCGCUGAAGCUCUUCCAGUGUGCUGUGUGCAACAAGUUCACUACAGAUAAUUUGGAUAUGCUGGGCCUCCACAUGAACGUGGAGCGUAGCCUCCCUGAAGAUGAGUGGAAGGCAGUGAUGGGGGAUUCGUACCAGUGCAAGUUGUGCCGCUACAACACACAGCUCAAGGCAAACUUCCAACUCCACUGUAAGACGGACAAGCAUGUGCAGAAAUACCAGCUGGUAGCACAUAUCAAGGAGGGUGGAAAGGCCAAUGAGUGGAGGCUGAAGUGUGUGGCCAUUGGGAAUCCGGUACAUCUGAAAUGCAAUGCUUGCGACUACUACACGAACAGUCUAGAGAAGCUGCGUCUUCACACAGUGAACUCCAGGCAUGAGGCCAGCCUGAAGCUCUAUAAGCACCUUCAGCAUCACGAGAGCGGGGUUGAGGGUGAAAGCUGCUAUUACCACUGCGUCCUCUGUAACUACUCCACCAAGGCAAAGCUGAACCUUAUCCAGCACGUGCGCUCCAUGAAACACCAGCGGAGUGAAAGCCUACGGAAGCUGCAGCGCCUCCAGAAGGGUCUUCCUGAAGAAGAGGAAGACCUAGGGCAAAUCUUCACCAUUCGGAAGUGUCCAGCAGCUGAGGCUGAAGAAUCCACUGAAGAUGCAGAAGGGCCCAAUGAAACAUCUGGUGAUGCUGAAGAGCCUGCCAAGGACCAAGAGAGUGGAGGGGACAAGGACCAGAAUAAAUGGACAGCACCAGCCAGCCAGGCAGAGAAGGAGCUGACAGAGCCUCCAGCAUCCUCUAAACGAAUAUCGUUUCCCAGCAGCUCUGAGUCGCCUCUCCCCUUUAAAUGGUCAAAAACUUCAGAGGAGACCAAAUCAGAGCAGAUGUAUCAGUGUCCAUAUUGCAAGUACAGUAACACAGACGUGAAUCGGCUGCGGGUGCACGCCAUGACCCAGCACUCGGUGCAGCCCAUGCUCCGCUGCCCGCUCUGCCAGGACAUGCUGAACAACAAGAUCCAUUUGCAGCUGCACCUCACCCAUCUGCACAGUGUGUCGCCUGACUGUGUCGAGAAGCUCAUCAUGACGGUGACAACACCUGAGGUGAUGAUGCCCAGCAGCAUGUUUCUCCCAGCAGCCGCUCCAGAGAAAGAUGGGAACUCCGCUGCGGAGGAACUGGGGAAGCAGCCUGAGAUGAUCCCUGAGGACUCAGGAAAGAGUCUUCUGCCAUCGGACAGCACAGAGCACAGUGGAGAUCCCAAGCCGGUUCCAGCCGAUCCGAGCUCUGCCAGGGAGGACUCUGGCUUCCUCUGCUGGAAGAAGGGGUGCAACCAGGUGUUCAAGAGCUCGGCAGCCCUGCAGACACACUUCAACGAGGUCCACGCAAAGCGGCCUCAGCUGCCGGUGUCUGAUCGCCAUGUCUACAAGUACCGCUGUAACCAGUGCAGCCUGGCAUUCAAAACCAUUGAGAAGCUGCAGCUCCAUUCCCAGUACCAUGUCAUACGGGCGGCCACCAUGUGCUGCCUCUGCCAGCGCAGCUUCCGAACCUUCCAGGCCCUGAAGAAGCACCUGGAAACCAGCCAUCUGGAGCUGAGUGAGGCUGAUAUUCAGCAGCUGUAUGGUGGUCUCUUGGUCAACGGAGACCUCCUUGCGAUGGGCGAUCCUUCGCUUGCAGAAGACCACACUAUCAUAGUCGAGGAAGAUAAGGAGGAGGAGAGCGACUUGGAAGAUAAGCAGAGCCCAACAGGUAGCGAUUCGGGGUCAGUGCAAGAGGACUCUGGCUCAGAACCAAAAAGGGCCUUACCCUUCAGAAAGGGCCCUAACUUCACUAUGGAGAAAUUCCUAGAUCCAUCUCGCCCGUACAAGUGCACAGUCUGCAAGGAGUCUUUCACACAAAAGAACAUUCUCCUGGUCCAUUACAAUUCAGUUUCCCACCUGCAUAAACUGAAAAGAGCCCUCCAAGAGUCUGCUACUGGACAGCCUGAACCAACCAGUAGCCCAGACAACAAGCCUUUUAAGUGUAACACCUGCAACGUGGCCUACAGUCAGAGCUCGACCUUGGAGAUCCACAUGAGGUCUGUCCUGCACCAAACCAAGGCUCGCGCUGCCAAGCUGGAGGCAGCUGGGGGCAGUGGCAGCAGUAACGGAGCUGGCAACAGCAGCAGCAGUAGUCUUUCUUUGGGUUCAUCCACACCAAGUCCAGUGAACGCUACCAACAGUAAUACUUUUACAGCCACCAACACAAGUAAUUCAGGCCCGGUUCCCAUUCCCAGCCUGCUCAACCAGGUAUCCAGUGAUAACAUGGGAAUUCCUACAUUAGGUAACCCUGUAAGCGCUAGUAUCUCCUCCCCUUCAGAGCCCAAAGAGGUAAACCGAAAGAAGUUGGCAGACAUGAUUGCAUCCAGGCAGCAGCAGCAGCAGCAGCAACAGCAGCAGCAGCAGCAAGCUCAAACCCUGGCCCAGGCCCAGGCCCAAGUCCAGGCCCAUCUGCAACAAGAACUGCAGCAGCAGGCAGCUCUCCUGCAGUCCCAGCUCUUCAACCCAGCACUUUUGCCGCACUUUCCAAUGACCACUGAGACCCUUCUGCAGCUUCAGCAACAGCAGCAUCUUUUGUUUCCUUUCUACAUCCCUAGUGCCGAGUUCCAACUCAAUCCAGAAGUUAGUUUGCCUGUCACCAGUGGUGCACUGACGUUGACUGGUACAGGUCCAAGUUUGCUGGAGGACCUGAAGGCUCAAGUUCAGAUCCCUCAGCAGAGCCAUCCACAGCUCUUACAGCAGCAGCAAGGGCAGCUCUCCUUGUCACAACCUCACUCCGUCCUUAUACAGCAGAGCCAGCACCCUGAGAAGAAGAAUAAAUCCAUAGUGAAGGAGAAAGAAAAAGAAACCCCACGGGAAAGGGAAAGUGCAGAGAGGGGAGAUAGUAAUGUAGCAUCUAAAGAGUCUCUACCUGAUAACUUAAAGCCCAAAGAAAAGAAGGACUUUGUACCAGGCAGUAGUUCAGAGCCCUCCUUACUGCCGCCACGUAUUGCCUCUGAUGCAAGAGGGAAUGCCACAAAAGCCUUGCUGGAAAACUUUGGCUUUGAGCUUGUCAUUCAGUAUAAUGAGAACAAGCAGAAGGUGCAGAAGAAAAACGGGAAGACAGAGCAAGGUGAGAACUUGGAAAAGCUUGAGUGUGACACAUGUGGCAAGUUCUUUUCAAACAUCCUCAUCCUGAAGAGCCACCAAGAGCAUGUUCACCAACAUUACUUUCCCUUCAAGCAGUUAGAGAGAUUUGCCAAACAAUACAGAGAACACUAUGACAAACUGUACCCACUGCGGCCUCAGACCCCAGAGCCACCACCACCACCUCCUCCGCCACCACCUCCACUCCCUCCAGCACCUCCUCAGCCGGCUUCUACUCCUACCAUUCCUACGUCUGCCCCACCAAUUACCUCUCCUACAAUCGCACCAGCCCAGCCAUCUGUGCCACUCACCCAGCUCUCCAUGCCAAUGGAGCUCCCCAUCUUUUCACCACUGAUGAUGCAAACCAUGCCACUACAGACGUUACCUGCGCAGCUGCCACCCCAGCUGGGUCCCGUAGAUCCUCUGCCUGCCGACUUGGCCCAGUUGUACCAGCAUCAGCUCAACCCUAGCCUUCUCCAGCAGCAGCAGAACAAGAGGCCACGGACGCGGAUCACCGACGACCAACUCAGAGUCCUUCGGCAGUAUUUUGAUAUUAACAAUUCCCCAAGUGAGGAACAGAUCAAAGAGAUGGCGGACAAAUCUGGACUGCCCCAGAAAGUGAUCAAGCACUGGUUCAGGAACACUCUUUUCAAAGAACGCCAGCGCAACAAGGAUUCCCCAUACAACUUCAGUAAUCCUCCCAUUACCAGCCUGGAAGAACUGAAGAUAGACUCACGGCCUCCUUCUCCAGAACCUCAAAAGCAGGAGUACUGGGGAAGCAAGCGGUCCUCCCGGACACGCUUUACUGACUACCAGCUCAGAGUCCUACAGGACUUCUUUGAUGCCAAUGCUUAUCCAAAGGAUGAUGAAUUUGAGCAGCUUUCUAACUUGCUGAACCUCCCAACACGUGUUAUAGUGGUGUGGUUCCAGAAUGCCCGUCAGAAGGCUAGGAAAAACUAUGAGAAUCAGGGAGAAGGCAAAGAUGGGGAACGACGGGAGCUUACAAAUGACAGGUAUAUUAGAACAAGCAACUUGAACUACCAGUGCAAAAAGUGCAGUCUAGUCUUUCAGCGCAUUUUUGAUCUCAUUAAACACCAGAAAAAGCUUUGUUACAAAGAUGAGGAUGAGGAUGGACAGGAUGAUAGCCAGAAUGAAGACUCUAUGGAUGCAAUGGAGCUCUUAACUCCAACCAGUUCCUCCUGCAGCACACCAAUGCCCUCGCAAGCUUACAGCACACCUACAUCUUCAGCCAAUGCAACCUCUUCAGCUUUUCUGCAGCUCACAGCAGAGGCAGAUGAUUCCUCCACCUAUAGUUCUAAAGUAGAAGCUACAGAAGAGAAACCAAAGCAGCCUGAACCUCCAAGUACACAGCAAAACCAAACUCAAGAGAAGCAAGUGCAACCAAAGCAAGAGUCUCAGCAGCAACAGGACCAAGGAGAACAAAAGACAAGUUCAGCACACCAAAAGAUUUCACAGUUAUCCUCCCCUUCUUCAUUGCAACAGCCACCUCCCCCUCCUCAACCCCCUCAGUGCUCCUUGUCACAGUCAAGCCCAAGUCCAUCUCAGCUCUCGCAUCUCUCCCUCAAACCCAUUCACACAUCCACCCCUCAACAGCUGGCAAACCUACCUCCUCAGCUAAUCCCAUACCAGUGUGACCAGUGUAAGCUGGCAUUUCCUUCCUUUGAGCAUUGGCAGGAGCAUCAGCAGCUUCAUUUUCUGAGCGCACAGAACCAGUUUAUCCACCCCCCAUUCCUGGACAGAACCCUGGAUAUGCCGUUCAUGCUUUUUGAUCCCAGUAAUCCACUACUUGCAAGCCAGCUGCUAUCUGGGACAUUACCACAGAUUCCAGCAAGCUCAGCCACUUCACCAUCAACUCCAACAUCCACAAUGAACACACUGAAGAGAAAGCUGGAGGAAAAGGCCAGUGCAAGUCCUGGAGAAAACGACAGUGGUACUGGAGGAGAAGAACCACAAAGGGAUAAACGUCUAAGGACUACUAUUACCCCAGAGCAGCUGGAAAUUCUUUAUCAGAAAUACUUGCUUGACUCCAACCCAACGCGAAAAAUGUUGGAUCAUAUUGCUCAUGAAGUGGGCUUGAAGAAACGCGUGGUGCAAGUUUGGUUUCAGAAUACGCGUGCACGGGAAAGGAAGGGGCAGUUCAGAGCAGUAGGGCCUGCCCAAGCCCAUAGACGGUGUCCCUUCUGCCGAGCUCUCUUUAAAGCAAAGACAGCUUUGGAAGCUCAUAUCCGAUCCCGUCACUGGCAUGAAGCCAAGAGAGCUGGCUACAACUUGACGUUGUCUGCUAUGCUCUUGGAUUGUGAUGGGGGCCUGCAAAUGAAGGGAGACAUCUUUGAUGGAGCAAGCUUUUCCCACAUGCCACCAACAAGCAGUGAUGGACAGAGUGUUCCUCUCUCCCCAGUGAACAAGAGCAUGGAACUGUCACCUCGAACUCUGCUGAGUCCAUCCUCCAUUAAGGUGGAAGGGAUGGAAGACUUUGAGAGUCCCUCCAUGUCCUCAGUCAAUCUGAGCUUUGACCAAACAAAGCUGGACAAUGAUGACUGCUCCUCUGUCAACACUGCAAUCACAGACACUACAACAGGAGAUGAAGGGAAUGCAGACAAUGAUAGUGCUACAGGGAUUGCAACUGAAACCAAAUCAACAUCAGGACCCAGUGAGGGUCUCACAAAAGCUGCCAUGAUAGCAAUGUCUGAAUAUGAAGAUCGGCUGUCUUCUGGCCUGGUCAGCCCAGCUCCUAGCUUUUACAGCAAAGAGUACGAUAAUGAAGGUACUGUGGACUACAGUGAAACAUCCAGCCUUGCAGACCCCUGCUCACCCAGCCCUGGUGCCAGUGGUUCAGCCAGCAAGUCUGGAGAGAGUGGGGAUAGGCCUGGGCAGAAACGCUUUCGCACUCAGAUGACUAAUCUCCAGCUAAAAGUUCUCAAGUCAUGCUUUAAUGACUACAGGACACCUACCAUGCUGGAGUGUGAGGUCCUGGGCAAUGACAUUGGACUGCCAAAGAGAGUUGUUCAGGUCUGGUUCCAGAAUGCUAGGGCAAAGGAGAAGAAGUCCAAACUCAGCAUGGCCAAGCAUUUUGGUAUAAACCAAACAAGUUACGAGGGACCCAAAACAGAGUGCACUUUGUGUGGCAUCAAGUACAGCGCUCGACUGUCUGUACGUGACCAUAUCUUCUCUCAACAGCAUAUCUCCAAAGUUAAAGAAACCAUUGGAAGCCAGUUGGAUAAGGAAAAGGAGUAUUUUGACCCAGCUACUGUACGUCAGUUGAUGGCUCAGCAGGAGCUGGACCGGAUCAAAAAAGCCAAUGAGGUUCUUGGUCUGGCAGCUCAACAGCAGGGCAUGUUUGAUAACACCCCUCUGCAAGCUCUUAACCUUCCUGCUGCAUACCCAGCACUACAGGGCAUCCCUCCAGUCUUGCUCCCAGGCCUCAACAGCCCAUCCUUACCAGGCUUCACUCCAUCCAACACAGCUUUAACUUCUCCCAAACCCAACCUGAUGGGCCUGCCCAGCACAAGCGUCCCUUCGCCCGGCCUCCCCACCUCUGGAUUACCAAAUAAGCAGCCCCCAGCCACGCUGAGCUCGCCCACCCCGGCACAAGCCACUGCGGCCGUGGCCCCGCAGCAGCUGCCGGCAACAACGCCGCAGCCGCAGCAGCCACCCCCGCCACAGCGUAAGGAGAAGGAGAGUGAGAAGGCAAAAGAGAAGGAGAAGGCACUCAAGGGGAAGGCGGAGCCCCUGCCAGGGCCCAAGAAGGAGAAGGGGGAGGCGCCGGUGGGUGCCCUCUCGGCCCCGCUGCCCGCCAUGGAGUACGCCGUGGAGCCCACCCAGCUCCAGGCACUGCAGGCCGCCCUGAAUUCAGACCCCACCACCUUGCUGACAAGCCAGUUCCUUCCCUACUUCGUCCCCGGCUUUUCCCCCUACUACGCCCCACAGAUCCCCGGCGCCCUGCAGAGCGGGUACCUGCAGCCCAUGUACGGGAUGGAGGGGCUCUUCCCCUACAGCCCCGCGCUGUCACAGGCGCUGCUGGGGCUGUCCCCCGGCUCCCUGCUGCAGCAGUACCAGCAAUACCAGCAGAGUCUGCAGGAGGCAUUGCAGCAGCAGCAGCAGCAGCAGCGGCAGGCGCAGCAGCAGCAGCAGCAGCAGAAAGUGCAGCAGCCCAAAGGAAGCCAAACCCCUGUCCCUGCGGGGGCUGCCACCCCGGACAAAGACCCUGCCAAAGAACCCCCCAAGCAAGAAGAGCAGAAGAACGCACCCCGCGAGGUGUCCCCCCUCCUGCCCAAACCCCAAGAAGAACCCGAAGCAGAAGGCAAGGGCGCGGACUCCCUCUGCGACCCCUUCAUCGUCCCGAAGGUGCAGUACAAGCUGGUCUGCCGCAAGUGCCAGGCGGGCUUCAGCAACCAGGAGGCGGCCAGCGACCACCUGAAGUCCCUCUGCUUCUUCGGCCAGUCCAUGGCGAACCUGCAAGAGAUGGUGCUUCACGUGCCCACCGGCAGCGGCCAGGGCAGCGGCUCGUACCAGUGCGUGGCGUGCGAGAGCACGGUGUGUGGGGACGAAGCCCUCAGUCAGCAUCUCGAGUCAGCCCCGCACAAACACCGAACAAUCACAAGAGCAGCAAGAAACGCCAAAGAGCACCCCAGUCUAUUACCUCACUCUGCCUGCCCCCCCGACCCCAGCACCGCAUCUACCUCGCAGUCGGCCGCUCACUCAAAUGACAGCCCCCCGCCCCCCCGGCCCCCCCCGGCUUCUCCCCAUGCCACCAGAAAGCCCUGGCCCCCGGCAGCCCCCCGCGCCCCGCCGGGGAAGCCGCCACCGCCGCCUUUCCCUCCUCUCUCCUCAUCUUCAACGGUUACCUCAAGUUCAUGCAGCACCUCAGGGGUUCAGCCCUCGAUGCCAACAGACGACUAUUCGGAGGAGUCUGACACGGAUCUUAGCCAAAAGUCAGAUGGACCGGCGAGCCCGGCGGAGGGGCCCCGGGACCCCGGCUGCCCUAAGGACAGUGGUCUAGCUAGUGUAGGAAUGGACACCUUCAGAUUGUAAGCUUUGAAGAUGAACAAUGAAAAUGAAUUUAAAUAAAAAAAAAAGUUAAUAACAAACCAAUUUCAAAAAUAGACUAACUGCAAUUCCAAAGCUUCUAACCAAAAAAAGAAAAAAGAAAAAAAGAAAAAGCGUGGGUUGUUUUCCCAUAUAACGAUGCCGGUGGGUUUUACAUUUCUUUUUUCCCUUUCCUUUUAAUAAAACUCAAAAAAAAAAAAAAGAAAAAAAAAAUCUGUUACAUUUGUCCUUUCGAAGGUACUGUUGGUCUGGGAGACGAAAGCCCGUGCUGCCUCCUCACUGUCUUCGGAGCUUGAGCCCCUUGUAUAUUGCCCCUUUUCAACCGCCCCACGUCGAUAGCACAGCAGAGGCCGGCACGCACUGUAUGGGAAAGCAGCCCACCUUGUUACAGUUUUAAAUUUCUUGCUAUCUUAGCAUUCAGAUACCAAUGGCUUGCUAAAAGAAAAAAGAAAUGUAAUGUCUUUUUAUUCUCAGGUCAAUCGCUCACACUUUGUUCUGUUUUCAGAAUCAUUGUUUUAUAUAUAUAUAUAUAUAUAAUUUCUUUUGUUUGUUUUGGGGUUUUUUGUUUAAUUUCGUUUUCGUUCCAGAAGAGGAUUUUUUUUUUUUUUUUUUUUUUUAAUUUUUCUCUUUCUCUCUUUUUUCUUUCUUGGUGUUGUUUUUUUUGGGGGGGGGGGUUGUUUUUUUUUUCUUUUGUUUGUUUGGGUGUUUUUUUUUGGUUUGGUUGGGGGGGUUUUUUGUUUGUUUUGGUUUUUUUUUUUUUGUUUUUGUUUUUGUUUUUUUUUUUUUUUUAAUUUAAAAUGGGCAGAAAGUAUUCAAGAGAAAAACAAUGUGAACUGCUUUAGCUUUUUGGGGAUCUUAAGGGUAGCUUUUCUGCUGAAGCCAAUUUCAAGGGGAAGAGUUAAGCACUCCCGCUUUUCAGAGAAAAAACCCACACAAAGAGUGUUGAGGACUUGGAGCUUAAAAAAUAAGUUUUAAAGCAACUGACUUUCUGUAUUUAUGAUAGAUAUGACCAUUUUUGGUGUUGAGUAGAUUGUUGCAUUGGAAAUGAACUGAAGCAGUAUGGUAGAUUUAAAAGAAAAAACCCUUUUGUGUACAUUUAGCUUUUGUAUGGUCCAGCUGACGGCUUCUCAUUUGAUGUUGUCUUGUUCAUUCCUAGCCAGGUAGAUUGCAAUCCAUUGACUCGCCUAAGCUUUUCUCCCCUUUGUACCUUUACUCCCUGUUCCCCCAUCCUGUAAUCUUCCACUUAUGGUCGCUACCUUCAUUUCUUAGAGGGUGGUUGCAUAAUUAUUUUAUAAAAACUAAAGAAAGAAGUUCAAAGGGUUUUGGGGGGUCAGUAGGAUCCCUUGCAGAAUAUUUUUUGUUGGGGGUUUGAAACUUUUUAAGGCGUAUACAUACUAUUUACCUAUGUCUGUUACCCUUGUGCACUUAUCUCUUUCUUAAUUUCUAUUUUUCCUUUUUUUUUUCUUCUUCUUCCCUUCUUUUUUUCCUCAUUUUGUAAAUGCUUCAAAGACUCUGUUCCUAAACUAUAAGCAUUUGUUUCUGUUUGUGUAAUUAGGCUGCACUCUGUUCCUUCUUUUAAAAGAAGUUUUUGUUACAUUUUUUUUCUCUAAAGAAAAUUCAUGCUUUAAAUAAAAUCCAAAGACAUACCCUUUCACCACUGGUGCAGAAUGAGCAAAAAGGAUUCUUUUUACUUGAGAAUUUGUUUCUGAUUUAAACAAACAAGUCUAAGUUUAAAUAAAGAAUAAAAAAAGUACCCAGGUUGUUAUCUGUGCUUCUUCUGCAAGCAGAGAGACAACUUUUAGCGAAACCCCAGUGCACCAAAAGGCAGGUUUCUCUUUCCAAGUUCCCUCCCGUGGCGGGCACUGGUGUCCCCGUCCUGCUCCAUGCCCUGCUCAUGGAAUGCAUGGACGCUCGCACGCGUCUUGUACGGUCCGGACUUUGAAAGGAAAACUUUGUGCUGCUAAAAUGUAGGUUUUGGAGACAAAUAGAUGUUGUUUCACUCCCGUAGCCAAAUGUCAACAGAAACAAUCUCCUUUCUCCCACCCCGCCCCCUGUUUCCUCCACCCCGAAAGCGCGAGAGCCUUCUCCCCAUCAUCUUCAUCUUCCUCCUGCUUCAAAAAGGAACUUCGAAGACUGUGAACGCAGGUUCCUCCCGCCGCCUUGACUUCUCCUCCCUGUGCUGAAGCCGCUCGUCGACCCUGCGAGAGACUGGAGCAUUGGAGAGACGAACAUGGGGUUCAUUUUCUAGCGGGACGCUUUUAUUUUUAUGGAGUUUUGGUUUUAGUUUGAUGAAUGACUAGAUCCUGAACUGUUGUACAUAUUUCUAACUAGGCUAAUGCACAGUGCAAAUUCCUUUUUUAAUUGUUUUUUAAGUAGACAAUACUAAAGUGAGUACCAUCUGAUAUUCCUACCAGUACCCAGUUGUAGCAUAAGGUGUCAAAAACGGAAACAAGUACACAAAAAGCGUUCGCUGUUUUAACAAACUCUUUUCUUUUAACAAAAGUUCUUGUAUUUCUCCCUGUGUUUGAGAUGAACAUUUUUUAAAUUCUAAAGUUGUACAGUUUUUGUUUUCCAUUAUUUUAUCUUGUUUGUAAUUCUAUGAAAUAUAUAUAUAUAUUUUUUGCCAUUUAACUGUUGUAUGUUACUCUGUCUGUAUCAUAUAGAAAUUUUUUUGUUUGUUUGUUUUUGAUUCUCUGUGUGAUACAAGUUAACAAUUUAACACUAGCUUUAUCUGUCCAAUCCCGCAAGGUCUCUUUUGGAAAUCCUUUUGUUUUGUCUUCUUUUGUUUUGUUUUUUUUAAUUAUAUUGCUUGGUCAUAGUGCAAUUUCUCUCUCCUUCUUCUUCCCCCUCCUCCUUUCCACCACUAAAAGGUUUUAUAAAUUCAUUUCCUUGUAUUUUUUCUAACCGUUUCUAGAGACACUCGGUACGAGGUUGCCGCCUCCUUGUGCAGCGCUGGGACCUGUGCCCCGGCCCCGCCAGCUGUCCUGGGCUGAGGUGGGGACCCCCAGCCCUGCUGGGACCCCCUGGCCCUGUGCCCCACCGCCAGCCUGGCCACCCUGCUUCGGGAGCCCCUGCGCCGCCCCGGAGCUUAAGCAUGGCCUUUCCAGCACGUAUCAGAACAGGGCUGGGACAGGCGCAAGGAAAAGAUUCUAAACUUGGCAUUGGACGGGUUUCUGUUUUAUUCUUAAUAAAAAGCUUUUCUGAGUGGUGAAGAUGGCCAAAGUUUCAUACAAUUGAGAAUCAAGAGUAGGGUGUGUUGGGGCUGCCCGUGCCCGGGGCAGGCGCUGACACGAGCUGGCACACGCACUCUCCAUUGGAAUAUAUUUUGCUUUAAAAAGAAAACCUAAACUUUCAAAUAGAAGCAGAAGUUGGGUUGGUUGGUUGCUUGCUUGGAUGGGUUGGUUGGUUGGUUGGUUGGUUGGUUGGUUGGUUGGUUGGUUGGUUGGUUUAUCAGCGCUGAGAUACUACCCACUGUGAAACAUAAAGCUUUGACUAUUUUUUUCACUUUUAUUUGGGGGGGAGGGUGAGGUCGGGUAGAACAGAAAGCAUAAAUGUGGUAAAGAGGGAUACAAACAGCCUUUGCAAUGUACAAAAAAUAGAACAAGUGAAACCAAAAAUGAUGUUCUUGGUGUUUUUCUAUAAUGUAGUCUUGUUAGCUUUUUUUUGUUACUGUAACAAUGCUGAUCUCGAACUGUACCAAAAUACAUGGAGAUAAACAGAAAACCACGUGGGACUUUCAAAACUUUACAGAAUUUGUCACAAAAGACUUUGUUGUCAUAGUUGAGUUGACUGUAGAUGGUAAUCGAAUAUAC